AUGGGUUCUUGUUAAGGAACAACUUAAGAUAUCUAGCAAGAUUUACGAAUGAGAGAAAUAAUGUCACAGUUUUAGGUUCCAAUGCCUUAUACAGAGGAAUAUUAAAUAUUUUAAACCUUGAAAUGGUUAGAAAUGUAAUCAAAGAUUAAAUCAAUAGAAUACAACAUAAUACUAUACCAAAUUUUGGAUUAAUUUAUUCAAAAGCAGCAGAUUCAUAGAAUAAAUUGAGAGAAUUUGUUAAGAAAUGGAGAACAAAGUAUGAAUAGCAUAACCAUCCAAAUUUGCUAUCUAUUCAUAAUAUUUCCAUAAUAGAAUCAAUGAAAGUUUUUAUUCCAUAUACUGAAAUAAUACUUCUUAUGGAUAAGCCAUUGGAACCUUUAUCUAGACAUAAGAAAGUCAUAAUGAAAUAACAAUUUAAUUAAGAUGAAAUAAUAUUUCUUUUAGAUUGUGUAGUUGCAGCAUUUUCAUUUUAACAAACUAAUAAAAUAUAUCCAUCUGGUUUUGAUAUAGAUGAUAUCAUAAUUGUUAAAACCCCUUUUAAUAUAGAUGUUUACAAAUUAGUGGAUAGAUAUUAAAAACCAAUUAGAUAAAACUUAUUUCAAGAGUUCAUAUAACUUUAUGAUGAUAAAUAAAGUACUUAAAUAUCUUUAUGUAUUUUAAGCUUUGAAUGAAAUGAAAAAGACAGCCUUUCUAUCUCCAGCAUAAAUAUAGGCUAUUCCAAGAAAAGAUAAAGUAUAUCUUAUAUUAAUUAUUCAAGUAUCUUAAACAUAAUCGAUAUAAAUCAGAUGUAUUUAAUUUUGGAUUGAUGCUAAUAUAUUUAAUUUAAGCAAAGAAACCAGAAGUAUAUGAUUGGAAGAGAUGGACUAUAGAUGAUUUUGCAUUAAGAAAAGUUUAAGAUGAUUUGAUAACUACUAAUUUUAAUGAAUAAAUAUUACAUUUGAUUGAAAUGAUGUUAAAAGUAGAUGAACAUGAAAGACCUGAUUUCAUAUAAUUAGAUGAAAUGGUAAAUAAGUUAUUUCUAGAUCUAAAAAAACAUCGUUUAUUAGAAUAAUAUUAACCAUAAGAAUUUUUUAUUGCUGGUUAUAAUAAACCUUCUUCAUUUGAUAAUCUAAUUAAUUAAAAUAUCUUUUAAUCUAAAUAUCCUUAAUCACCAACUAUGAUAAAAUCUAGUUAACAUUUAUCUAAAAACUAAUAAAUAGAAUAAUAAAAAUAUAGACAAUAAGAUACAAGUUAGGCUUCAAUUAAAGAUUAGAAAUGGUAAGAAGGAAAAACUUAAGAGACAAAAACAGGUUUUGAAAAUAGUGUUACUUAAGGAAAAUUACAUUAUUCAAAUGGAUUUUAUUAUAUUGGAUAAAUUUGUAAUAGAAGAAGACAUGGAUUAGGCACAUAUUAUGAUUCUGAAAAUUAAAAGGUAACUGAAGGAAUGUGGGUUUUUGAUAUUCCUGAAGGUGAAGUUACAUUUUAUAAUAAACCAAAAUAAGAAUUAGAGAAAUCACAUAAGAAUUUAGCAAGAAAAGAUUGGAUUUAGUAUAAAGGAUAAGUUAAACAUGGAUAAAAGCAUGGCAUCGGAGUUCUCUAUUUUGCCGAUGGAUCUAAAUUUAUGGGAACUUUUUCAUGUGAUUAAGCACAUGGAAAGGGUCAAUUUGAAUAUCAAAGUAAAGAAUGCUUUAUAGGUACUUGGUAGCAUGAUUUAUAUAUUAGUUGA